AUGUCAGCAAAACUUGCUGAUCGCAUAGACCCUUUUACAGCCAAGGCUGCUAUUAAGUCGAAAAAACAGAAACGAUCACAAGGUUCAUCUCACUACCGAGCGAACACUGCACCAGAACUACAAGCAUUACCUCAUCUUAAAGAUACACCUCAAAAUGAGCAGCAAGAACUCUUCAUCAAGAAGUUGCAACAAUGUUGUGUUGUUUUUGACUUUAUGGACCCAGUUACGGACCUGAAGAGCAAGGAGAUUAAACGGGCAUGCUUGAAUGAACUAGUAGACUACAUCACUGCUACUCGGAAUGUGCUUACGGAACCUGUCUACCCUGAAAUUGUUCGAAUGAUUGCAUGUAACAUCUUCCGAACUCUUCCGCCAAACGACAACCCAGAUUUUGACCCUGAGGAGGAUGAUCCUACAUUAGAGGCUUCCUGGCCACAUUUACAAAUUGUGUACGAGUUCUUUCUGCGUUUUCUAGAAUCUCCAGACUUCCAGCCUAGUUUGGCGAAAAAAUAUAUAGACCAAAGAUUUGUACUUCAGCUGCUUGAACUGUUUGACAGUGAAGACCCAAGGGAGCGAGAUUUUUUAAAGACUGUCCUGCACAGGAUAUAUGGCAAAUUUCUUGGGCUGCGGGCAUUCAUCAGGAAACAGAUUAAUAAUAUUUUUCUCAGGUUUAUUUAUGAAACUGAGCAGUUCAAUGGUGUUGGAGAGCUUCUGGAAAUUCUUGGGAGCAUCAUUAAUGGGUUUGCUCUGCCCCUGAAGACGGAGCAUAGGCAGUUCCUCAUGAAGGUUCUUAUCCCACUGCAUAAAUCUCGAAGCCUAAGUCUGUACCACGCUCAGGUGAGGAUGUAUUUAUUUGUGUUUAUCGCAGAGAUAGUACCAACAUUGCAUGUGAUAAAAGGCUUACUGAAGUUUUGGCCUAAAACCUGCAGUCAGAAAGAGGUUAUGUUCUUGGGGGAAAUUGAAGAAAUCUUAGAUGUGAUUGAACCUGCUCAGUUUCAGCGAAUCCAGGAGGAUUUAUUUCGCCAGAUUGCUAAAUGUGUAUCAAGUCCACAUUUUCAGGUUGCAGAGCGUGCCCUGUACUUCUGGAACAAUGAAUACAUCAUGAACUUGAUUGAGGAGAAUUCUAACGUGGUGCUGCCCAUCAUGUUCCCUGCUCUGUACCGCAUAUCUAAGGAGCACUGGAAUCAGACCAUUGUGGCACUGGUGUACAAUGUCCUCAAGACCUUCAUGGAAAUGAAUAGCAAACUGUUUGAUGAGCUGACAGCUAACUACAAAGCUGAACGGCAGAAAGAGAAAAAGAAAGAAAAGGACAGAGAAGAAUUAUGGAAGAAGUUGGAUCGUUUGGAACUGAAUAGCAAGAAGAAUAGAAAAUCUUAA